CUGUGACUACCCACCUAGGUUAGUUUCUGCUGAGUUAAUGGAUGAAUAUAAAGAGAAAGAUUUCUUUCCUGUUGGAUCAACAGUGAAAUACAAAUGUCGACCAGGUUACACGAAAAAGCCAGGGACGUAUUCUAGUACGUGUAAUAGAAACCAGCAGUGGUCAAAAGUUCAGGAGUUCUGUAAACGAAAAACAUGUGGACAUCCAGGAGAACCAGAUGGUGGUAGAUUGCUUGUAACAGGAGAUUUUGACUUAGGAUCCACUGCAAAUUACCAGUGUGAUGGAGGGUACAGGCUGAUUGGCAAGUCUACCAGAAAGUGUAAAGUAUUGAACAAUAAAAUGAUAUGGACUGACGAAGUUCCCUAUUGUGAGAUUAUUCCAUGUUCGCCACCACCAAAGAUUCCUCAUGGCAAGCACACUGGAGAGUAUUUGGAUUCUUUCUACUAUGGGACAAUUGUAAAGUAUACCUGUAACAAAGGCUACCCCCUUAUUGGAAAUGCCUCUAUUUAUUGUACAUCUAAGGAUGGGAUAAAUGGAGAAUGGAGUGGCCAUGUGUAUUGUGGAGAGACACAGUGUCCAUCUCCUCAGAUUAAGAAUGGAAGGAUUGUGGCUGGAGUUUCCAGCAUCUACAAAUAUAACCAGAAAGUUAGCUUUGAAUGCAUUGGGGGCCAUGAGAUGGUUGGUUCCAGAGAGAGUCAUUGCCAAGUGGAUGGUACAUGGGAUCCCCACAUACCUGUCUGUGAACAGAUGGUUCAAUGCCUGCCACCCCCAGACAUUCAAAAUGGGACUCACAACAACCAGAAAACAGGAGUAUUUCCUAGUGGAAUAUUUGUGAAAUACACAUGCGAUCCUGGCUAUGCUCUGAUUGGAGAGACAACUCUUCAUUGCACAAAUGCUGGCAGAUGGUCUUCUCCUGCUCCUAACUGUAAAGUGGUGCAAUGCCAGCCACCCCCAAACAUUCAAAAUGGGACUCGCAGCAACCAGGAAACAGCAGUAUUCCCCAGUGGAAUGCUUGUGAAAUAUACAUGCAAUCCUGGCUAUGCUCUGAUUGGAGAGGCAACUAUUCAAUGUAUAGAUAAUGGCAUGUGGUCUUCUCCUGCCCCUACCUGUGAAGGAGGUAACUGUGACAUCCCCAUGAGGUUAGACUUUGCAGAACUCACUGAUGAAUAUCAGAAAAUGAAUUCCUUUCCUGUUGGGUCAUUGGUACAAUACAAAUGCAACCCAGGUUAUGUUAAGCAUCCAAGAAUGAAUGCCUCUUCUAUAUGUAUCCGGAAUCAGGUUUGGUCAGAAGUUCAAGAAUUUUGUAAAAAAAAAUCAUGUGGACAUCCAGGAGAACCAGAAAAUGGCAGGCUGAUUGUAUCAGGAGAUUUUCUGUUUGGUUCUACAUUAAAUUAUACUUGUGAGGAAGGGUACAAACUGAUAGGACAGUCUUCCAGACAAUGUGCCUUAAAUGGAAAAAGAGUAAAAUGGAGUGGCAGCCUUCCUGAAUGUCACCCUAUCUUGUGUUCAUCACCACCAAAUAUUCCCCACAGCAAGAAUACUGGAAAAUCUUUGAAAUAUUUCCUGUAUGGGACAACUGUAACAUAUACCUGUGACAAAGGCUACCCUGUUAUUGGAAAUGCCUCUAUUUACUGUACUUCUAAGGAUGGGAUAACCGGAGAAUGGAGUGGCCGUGUGUAUUGUGGAGAGACACAAUGUCCAUCUCCUCAGAUUAAGAAUGGAAGGAUUGUGGCUGGAGUUUCCAGCACUUACAAAUAUAACCAGAAAGUUAGUUUUGACUGCUUUGGGGGCCACAAGAUGAUUGGUUCUAGAGAGACCCAUUGCCAAGUGGAUGGUAUGUGGGACCCGCCCAUUCCUGUCUGUGAAUUUGUGAGGCAAUGCCCACCACCCCCAAACAUUCAAAAUGGGACUCGCAGUAACCAGGAAACAAGAGUAUUUUCCAGUGGAAUGCUUGUGAAAUACGCAUGUAAUCCUGGCUAUGAUCUGAUUGGAGAGGCAACAAUUCAUUGCACAAAUGCUGGCAGGUGGUCUUCUCCUGCCCCUAAUUGUGAAGGAAAAUCAUGUGGAUAUCCAGGAGAACUGGAGGGUGGCAGAUUGCUUGUAACAAGAGAUUUUCGCUUUGGUUCCACAGUAAAUUAUCAGUGUGAGGAAGGGUAUAGGCUGAUUGGCAAGUCUUCCAGAAGCUGUGCAUUGUUUGGUAAAACAGUAGCAUGGACAGGUGACCUUCCUUAUUGCCAGAUGACACAGUGUCCAUCUCCUCAGAUUAAGAAUGGAAGGAUUGCUGCUGGAAUUUCCAGCACUUACAAAUAUAACCAGACGGUUAGCUUUGAAUGCAUUGGGGGCCACAAGAUGGUUGGUUCCAGAGAGAUCUAUUGCCAAGUGGAUGGUAGGUGGGAUCCCCCAAUACCUGUCUGUGUACAGGUUACAGGCUGUGUGAAUCCAGACAUUCAGAAUGGAAGAAUUAUUAGGCCCAAAGCAAGUGAUCAAUCUGUAUCAACAAUUACUUUUGAAUGUGACUCUGGCUACACCAUGAAAGGCCAGCAUACAAUUCGGUGUCAGCGUGGUAACACAUGGGAUUCACCAGCACCUAUCUGUGUCAGAGUAGUGCAAUGCCAGCCUCCCCCAGACAUUCAAAAUGGGAUUAACAGCAACCAGGGAACAUUAUUUCCCAGUGGAAUGCUUGUGAAAUAUACAUGCAGUCCUGGCUACGUUCUGAUUGGAGAGGCAACGAUUCAGUGUAUGGAUAAUGGCACAUGGUCUUCUCCUUCCCCUACCUGUGAAGAGAUUGAAUGCAAGUCACCUCCAGAUAUCCAGAAUGGGGUUCACAGCAACCAGGAAUUAAUGAAUCACAGUGUCCCUUCCCUCCAAGUAUAGCCAAUGGAAAACAUGAUGGUUUAGCUUUGCAAAAGUUUACUUCUGAAACAUCUGUAACCUAUUCUUGUGAUCCAGGCUAUUUGCUUAUUGGAAUGGCAUCUAUUUUCUGCGGACCUUCAGGAAACUGGAG